AUGGGAGGUGAAAGGGUGACCGAAUCAUGGUUGGGCAAUUUCUGGCGGGGCUCGAGGUACAAGGCACAAGAGCAUGAGAAAGCCACGAUUGGGAUUUUGUCUUUCGAGGUCGUGAGCCUAAUGUCCAAAGUGGUUAAGUUAUGGCAUUGCUUGAGCGAUGUCGAGAUUCUGCGGUUGAGAGAAGAGAUGGCGAGAUCCGUGGGCAUCAGGAAGCUUGUGAGUGAAGAUGAUAGGUACAUCAUGAGUCUCGUGCUGGACGAGAUCAUCGACAAUUUCUUGUACGUGGCCAGGGCGGUGGUCAGGCUUGCGAGGAGGUGUGCCGAUCCUGUGUACCACCAAAUUAGAAGCUUCUUCGAUGACCCAAUGAACAACUACAUCAAAUGGUUUGGUUGGGAGUACAAAUGGAAGAAAAUGGACAGAAGAGUGAAGAAAAUGGAGAGGUUUAUUGCCGUCACGCUGCAGUUGACCCAAGAGCAGGAGGUGCUGGCGGAGCUUCAACAGACAGUUAGGAGGAUGAAGGCCAAUCCCACGUCGCACCACGUCAAACUGUAUGAGUUUCAGCAGAAGGCGAUGUGGCAGAUUCAGGUGGUGCGUAAUCUCCGUGAGUUGUCUCCUUGUAACAGAACUUAUGACUUUACCGUUCGGCUCCUCGCCAGAUCGCUUUUCACGAUUCUUGAGAAAAUGAUACAUGCUUUUGGGGGUGACCAAGAUAAGUUUGAAUUAGAGGAAAUCCAUCCCACUUGUUUUUCCAAGGGCCACUCCCUCUCUGCUCUAAUGUGUUGGAAAUUGGUGAUCCAUUUUCAACAAAAUCUAGAAGCUACUAGCUUAAUGAAGAAUAAACUUGAAGAUUCUCAAAUGUUGAAGAAGCUUCUGGUACUACGUGAAGAAGUCCAAGUUGAUCAAGAAAAGAGGGGCACACAAUAA